AUGGAAACCGGACUAAAGAACGAUUCGCCGUCAGACCUAAGCGAUGAGGCAGUCACAGUUUCAACAGAAGUUCCAGUGAACGAGAAAGCUUUGUUACGCAAGCUCGAUCUGCGACUUCUGCCAGCUGUUGGGAUAUUGUAUCUUCUAUCAUUCUUAGAUCGCAGCAAUGUUGGGAACGCUCGCAUUGAAGGGAUGAUUGAUGAUUUGCAUAUGUCUGGAAAUGAGUACCUGACUGGAUUGACUCUCUACUUUAUUGGUUAUGUUCUCUUCGAAAUUCCAUGCAAUAUUAUCCUAAAACAAACAACCCCUCGGCUGUGGCUUCCCACACUUACUAUUGCCUGGGGAAUUGUAGCAACCUUGCUCGGCAUUGUCCAAAACAAGACAGGCUUCUUUAUCGCUCGGUUCUUCCUCGGUGUGGCAGAAAGUGGACUAUUUCCAGGUGUGGUAUAUUAUUUCUCAAUGUGGUACAAGCGACGCGAAAGACAGUUUCGUAUUUCACUAUUCUUUAGCGCUGCUUCACUCGCUGGAGCUUUCGGUGGUAUUCUAGCAUAUGGCAUUGGAAAAAUGUCGGGCAUAGUUUGGGAGAAUGGAUGGCGAUGGAUCUUCAUUCUUGAAGGUAUCGCCACGGUCGUUGUGGCUGUCGCAGCAUAUUGGUUCAUUGAGAACUAUCCCGACACGUCCAAGUCCCUCACCAAGAGCGAGCGGUCUUUCAUUCAUGAGCGUCUGCACGCAGAUAGUGACGCUAUCCGUCAAGAGAAGUUCAGUUGGGCUGCUGUGAAAGAAGCGUUCAGGGAUCCAAGCUGCUGGCUCUAUGGGUUAGGCUUCCAUACUAUGAGUUUGCCAUUGUAUACACUGUCUCUGUUUCUGCCCACGAUUAUCAAGGAUCUUGGCUACACAGCAGCGGUAGCCCAGCUUUUGACUAUCCCACCUUACGCCGUUGCCUUUGUUACUACCCUUGGUGUUGCUAUAGCCUCUGAAAGGCUUGCGAAGCGCGCUGUUUUUAUCGCUGGCUCCUCGGCAGUUGCUGCCAUUGGAUACAUAAUUCUUCUCGCCAACACGAACCCUACCGUAAGGCCUGGCGUCUCGUACGUGGGAACUUUCUUUGCAGCAGCUGGGAUUUACCCCGGCACCGCCUUGGUUCUCAGUUGGCCCGCUAUCAAUGUCUCUGGACAAACCAAACGUGCCAUUGCAAAUGCUAUGCAAAUCAGUAUUGGAAACCUUGGUGCGGUGAUGGGAACACAGCUGUACAGGUCGGGCGAUGGCCCACGUACUUUGGGGUGGCGAUUAAAGAAGCAGAACCAGAGUCGAGCGGCUGUCAGUGAAGAGAUCAAGCAUGUGGGCGAUGUGGAAGAUUGGAAGGGAGAUUCGGAUCCCAGAUGGAGAUUUGAGUAUUAG